AUGAUGGCAUUACGCAGCUUGUUCAAAAACGAUCUCGUCCUCGUCAGCACAAAUCUCGCAGUGGUAGCUGGCGUGGCGACACUGCUAGGAUCGAGAGUUGAAAAGAAAUUAGACCGUAUGGAAGAAGAGCAGGAAGCAAGGCUGGACGAGAUUGAGGGGACAAUACGUGGGCAUGUUGGCUUGAUCGAGGAUUCUCUGGAUAGAAUGGAAGGAAAGCCAAAUGCUGACAAACAGGACAAAUUGUAUAACCAGAGGACGAGAGAUACGAAGGGAAGUGAAGGUGGGAAGUGA